GCAACCACUCCUCCCUGCCAUUUUUAUCAGAGAAAAGAAUGGAGACCAGACCAGUACCUUUCUCUUUCUCUUUCUAAUCUCAUUGUAUUUCCUUUCAAGCAACCCACAAAUUUGAUUCACUCAUCUUUUCUCUCUCUCUCUCAAUAACCUUCUGCAACAACAAUGGAAGCUGCAUCCCCCAUCUCCGUCCAUCAACAAGACCCACAUCCAGAAUCUUCCCCAAAUCCAAAUCCAAACCCUUUAAAGAAAAGCUUCGUCACUUCUCUAAUGGAAGCCGCCACCUUACGUUCACCUUCCUUCAGAGAAGACACAUAUUUCGUUUCAAAUCUAAAAUCCUCUGAGAGAAAAUCCCUUCAAGAACUCAAACAAAACCUCAGAGUUUCUUCAAAUGAACAAGUUUCCAUGUGGGGUGUUUCUCUAUUGGAUGGAGAUGAGAAAUCUGACGUUAUUCUCCUGAAAUUUCUCAGAGCAAGAGAGUUUAACGUUGAACAAUCUCUUCAAAUGCUGAUAAAGUGUUUAUCUUGGAGAAAAGAUUUUGAAGCAGAUGGUAUCGUUGAUGAAGAAUUAGGGUUUAAAGAACUUGAAGGUAUUGUUGCUUAUAUGCAAGGAUAUGAUAAAGAAGGUCAUCCUGUUUGUUACAAUGCUUAUGGUAUGUUUAAAGAUAAAGAAAUGUAUGAGAAAAUCUUUGGAGAUGAAGAGAAACUUCAGAAGUUUUUAAGAUGGAGAGUUCAAGUUCUUGAAAGAGGGAUUAAACUUCUUCAUUUUAAACCUGGUGGGAUAAACUCUAUUAUUCAAGUUAUUGAUCUUAAAGAUAUGCCAAAAAGGGAACUUAGGGUUGCUUCAAAUCAUAUUCUAUCUCUUUUCCAAGAUAACUAUCCAGAAAUGGUUGCUCGUAAGAUUUUCAUUAAUGUUCCAUGGUACUUUAGUGUUUUGUAUUCAAUGUUUAGUCCGUUUCUGACUCAAAGAACGAAGAGCAAAUUCGUCAUUGGUAAAGAAGGGAAUGUUGCAGAAACCUUAUACAAGUUUAUUAGGCCGGAAAACAUUCCGGUUCAGUAUAGUGGACUUCACCGGCCGGCCGACAAUCUACAGAAUAGUCUACCUAAACCGGCAUCGGAGUUUAUUGUUAAAGGAGGUGAAAAAGUUAAUAUUCAGAUAGAAGGCAUAGAGGCUGGUUCAACUAUAACUUGGGACAUAGUUGUGGGUGGAUGGGAGUUGGAUUACAGCGCCGAGUUUGUGCCUGCUGCCGAGGGAAGUUACACCAUCGCGGUUGAGAAGGUGAGGCGAUUGUCUGCUUCCGAUGAAGCAAUUCAUAACUCUUUCACUACCAAAGCUGCCGGAAAAAUGGUGCUUUCGGUUGAUAACACCGCCUCAAGGAGGAGGAAGGUGGCGGCUUAUCGUUAUGUUGUGAGGAAAUCCACACCAAAUUGAUGUUUGUUGUGUUGUUUUAUUAGGAUUAUUAUUAUAUAAAGUACAUUAAUUUUGUCAUUUGUUUUAUUGUUGUGUUUCGGGGUUCUAAGUUCUUUUCUGGAUGGUAAUAUAUAUUAUAUAUAUUUAUGUUUUUGUUCUA